AUGGAGGAUAUCACUAGAAGAAAUGCCUAUCGUUUUGUGGCUUAUGCAGCUGUCACUUUCUCUGUAGUUGCCGUGUUUUCGCUGUGUAUUACCAUCCCGAUGGUAUACAACUACGUGAAUACCGUUAAGACUCAAAUCGAUCAUCAGAUCUCUUUCUGCAAACAUUCUGCCCGUGAUAUCUUCUCCGAAGUCAAUCAUAUUCGUUCUAAUCCAAAGAACAACAACACUCGUUUUGCUCGCCAAGCCGGAUAUGACUUUGAUUCUGGAUCUGUUGAUUCAUUCGCUUCCGCUGGCAAUAAUGGAGGAAAUGCAGGAUCUUGCUCUGGAUGCUGUCUCCCAGGAUCAGCUGGACCAGCUGGAACUCCAGGAAAGCCAGGAAGACCAGGACGUCCAGGAGCCGGAGGACUUCCAGGAAAUCCAGGAAGACCACCAGCACAACCAUGCCACCCAAUCACUCCACCACCAUGUCGUCCAUGCCCACAAGGACCACCAGGAGCUCCAGGAUCUCCAGGACCACAAGGAGAUUCCGGUGCACCAGGACAACCAGGAUACGGAGGAGGCGUUGGAGCACCAGGACCAGCUGGACCAAAGGGACCACGUGGACAACCAGGACACCCAGGACAAGCUGGAUCUCCAGGUCGUCCAGGAGCUGAUGCUCAAUCUCAGUCUACUCCAGGAGCCCCAGGACAAGCCGGACCACAGGGUCCACCGGGACCAUCAGGAGCCCCAGGCGCACCAGGAGGACCAGGAUUCCCAGGAGCACCAGGACCAAAGGGACCAUCUGGAGCCCCAGGACAACCAGGAGCCAAUGGAAAUCCAGGAGCCCCAGGUCAACCAGGACAAUCUGGAGGAUCAGGAGAACGUGGAAUCUGUCCAAAGUAUUGUGCUAUCGAUGGAGGAGUUUUCUUCGAGGACGGAACCAGAAGAAAAUAA